CGCCGCACUGCUCGCUCGCCCGAGCCCCGAGUGCCCCGACUGCCCCGAGUCCUCCGACCGCUGACGUUGUUGUUCUCGCCGCUCCGAGCCCGACACCGUCGUAGUGGAACUGCCGCGAUCGAAAUUCCUAAUAUGGCCAGCGAGAAGAAACCGGCGAAGACGCCGUCGAAAAGAGAGAAAACCGCCGAGGAGAUACUGACCGAGUUCCAGUCGCUUCGAACCGAGCAGCGGAUGCUGGCGAACAAACUGUCCGAGAUGGAGAUGGAGUUGAACGAGCACAAAAUUGUUAUCGACACGUUAAAGAAUGUGGACCCCAAAAGGAAGUGCUACAGGAUGAUCGGCGGGCUUCUGUGUGAGCGCACGGUGGAAGACGUCAUGCCGGCCCUGGUGACGAACAAAGAACAGUUGAUGAAAGUGAUAGACGCUUUGAACGACCAGGUGACGAAGAAGGGAAUCGAGAUAAACGAGUACAAGGAGAAGCACAACAUCAGAAUCAGAGGGCAGGAUGAUCUGCAGCAGCAGGAAGAGGACAACAACAACAAGGAAGACAAGAGGAAGGCAAUCGUUGUGAAUCCCAUUGACAUUUAAGCGUAAUAAACAGGCGUUUUUCUUCUUUUUUCAUACUACGUUAAGGCAUAUCGAGACGUGCGGAGCACAGGUCGGGAAGGUAACUCAGCCUCCGAGUCAAGCGCACUGUUAAAUUAGCCUCCAUAUUUAUUUAUUGUGCCGUCUCGGAGUGCAUUGCGUUUCACGCAUGAUGCGUCACUUAUCCUAGUUUGACAUUUGAUGGAUAACAAGGUUGAAUGGUGUAUUGUGCGCGAAACGGAAUGCACCUUCGGCGUACACUAGGACUAAUCGCUGAUGCCUUCUCAUGUGAAUUCAAGCACAGGUAGGACACAUCUAUACAUUUUCCACGUAUGCAAAAUGUACAAGUGCGUCGCUAUGCGCGCAAUUCAUGUGGAGAGGCACCGGUGAUUCCCAGUGCCGCGUCCAACGACGGUACAUUGGCGUAUUCCAUAAGUGUAUUCGACCAAACGAGAGAACGUCGCGGUCUCGCAAAAAUUUAGGCUCGUUGAUGAUCUGCGACAGGGUCUUUCGACUACUUGUAUCUCUGCGUCAAAAGUGAAAUAAUAAUGUAAUGUUCGUACACUUCUCCACAGA